AUGGCUUCACUCCACGCCAUCAAUGCAAAAUUCUCGCGUUUUGUGGAUCAGCGCUUCCUUUUUUCCAACAAAGAAGGUGGAUACUUGGAAAGGUCAACAAUGGGGAUGUAUCGGUCGUUGCUACUCCAGCUUCUUGCAGAGUGCCCUGACAUCCAGAUAAUUUUGGAUGAUUUCGCUAUCACGUCACUGAGUCGCGGUGUUUGCCCUUCCUUGAGUGCUUUGAAGGACCUCUUUUGCCAAGCAGUAUUUGCCCUCGGCCAGCGCUCAUUGACCUGCUUCAUCGAUGCUCUCGAUGAGUGUGAUGAACAAGAAGCUGUGCACAUAAUGCAAUGCUUUGACGAUCUUAGCAGAAUUUCUACUGCCACGGGGGGCAUCUUCCGGGUUUGCCUCUCUGGUGGAGAUAUCCCCUCUAUCUCUCAUCGAGAUAGAGGCCAAAUUACACUGGAAGAUCAACCCGGUCAUGUCAAAGAUCUUGAAACCUACAUUGAACGCACACUUUAUGCCGAUAUAUCUGCAUUCGUCGAAGAGACUCGCCCUAAGCUUCUCGAUAAAGCUGCUGGUAAUUUCGAAUGGGUGAUCUCCGUUGUAAAUGACAUGAACGCCGAGAUUUGA